AUGGCGAAAGGACCAAGAAACGAAGAAAUUGUAUCCUUCUCCUUUUGCACUGCCGUUACCUCCGUAGAACCGCGGCCGUGGUACAGAACAGUGACAGCAAGUUAUCCGUUCAUCUCGGACAGCAGCCGCCAGAAAUACAAGGACGCAGCGAAACUUCCGUGUGACACCUCGUCUUCUCCCCGAAAGAGGAAAUCAAACCGAAACAAAGGUCUGAGCUUUCCGUACCCAAAGGGUAACAUGGCAUCUGAACUGACCCUGCUCACCUUUACGACUGUGGUGGAAAGUGUACGCCUCUUUUUAGGCAAGAAGGGCAAUCUGACUGAGCAGAGCACGACGGUGCUGCUGUCCAUGUUGUUGACCGUCCCGAGUGCCCUAUCCUCCUUUUACUUCCUGCUCUGGCAGACGUACGUGCUUCGCCUGGACAUGCGGUUACGAAGCAAGCCUAAUUUGCGCAUGUGCCCGCUGGAACGCUCGGCAGUACCGCCGCCAAGGUACUCGGGGAAAAUUGACAUUUGGGUGCUCCAAGGUGCUCCAGGACUCGUGUUUCCAUGCUCCAAAUUACACUUCAGGAGUAGCGUCAGAGAGGAUAAAAACACGAUGUGAUAAGAGAGGACGUGAAAGAAUGUAUAUUAUGCAAAAAGUUUGAAGGACUGAGUACAGUGUUUAUUUACGCUUAUGAAAAUCCAACACAAACUGCAUAUAUUCCCCUCCCUACACAUGCCCCAGUUGUCAUCACUAAUUGUGUAGUUGCCUGUGCCAGGUGAUCUCUGGAAAUAAAUAGCUCUACGCAAUA